AUGUCCAGACUACAGAUCAGCAACAUCACCUGGGCGACAUUUGACAACCCUCCAAUCAACCUCGUUGACUACAAGCUUAUAUCGGAUUUGCACGACUUCCUCACAUGGUUGCAGCCAGCCGUCAACAAAACCACUCCGAAGGCCGUCAUCUUCAACAGCGCCAACCCAGAAUUUUACCUAGGGCACUUUGACCUUCACAACAUCGCCAAACCCUUCACGGAUACCAAAACGGCUGUGUUUAACCAGCUCGUCGAAUGCACGCGCUUUCUACUUAACACGACGAGCACGGCCUUUGUGGCUGAAAUCAACGGCCGCGUUAUCGGAGCCGGGCAUGAGCUAAUCAUCCAAAUGGACAUGCGCUUUGCCGGUCCCAAGGCGCGUGCCAGCUCGUUCGAAAAUGCUCUCGGUCUCACGGCCGCAGCUGGCGGUCAGCCGUUUUUAGGCCAUACAGUUGGCAGGGCUCGUGCCAUGGAGUAUCUCCUUGCAGCACAGGAAUUUGACGGGCCGACCGGCGCAGCGCUGGGCUUGUUUAACAGCUUCCACCCUACCGACGAGCAGCUAAGAGCUAAGGUCAAUGAUCUAGCUUCGCGCAUUGGCAUGUUCCCUCAGCAUUCUCUGAACGAUACUAAAUUUACCUUCGCUUCUUUGAAUCCGAGUAUUACUGCACUCGACGAGCAGCUGGAGAGAUUCGUGCCGCUUGAAAAUAUGGGUUCGGAGCAGGAAAUUAUUCAGAAUAUUCUAGCUGCAAGCCAAAAUCAAACCAUGUGCGACUUUGAACUAGAUAUCCCUAAUUCAGUAGUACAGACUUUAUGGAGUAGGUAGAUAUUUAAUAUUAUCGAAAGGUAGUAGUCUAACUAUCUACCCGGUACUAUACUUACUAUUACCUACUCUUACUCGCUAAAUUAUUGUCAGCUAGGAUUACUCCG